GGGGCGGGGGGCGGCGGUGACGCGCGGCCCUCACGUGACCGGGAGCCGCAGAGUGACGCCGCUUUCGGUGCAGUCGUCACUCCCGUCUGGGUACCAGCUCACGCUGUCUUGCGCACGGCGGGCUGGCAUCGGGCCCGGGGAACGCGGGGCAGCCAACUGCAGGUCUGCUGGCUCGAGGGUCGAGGCGCCGUACCUCGCGACGAGAAUCAGGAGGAGGAGGAGACUGCCAGGAUAGGACCGGAAAACCAGAAAAAAAAUUCUCAUCAUGGCAAAUAUCUACCAGGAAAACGAAGAAAUGGAGCAGGCCAUGCAGAAUGGAGAGGAAGCCCGCCCUUUAGGAGGGGGCGAAGCCCAGCAACCUGCAGGAAAUAAUAGACGCGGACAGGCUCGUCGACUUGCCCCUAAUUUUCGAUGGGCCAUACCCAAUAGGCAGAUCAAUGAUGGGAUGGAUGGAGAUGGAGAUGAUAUGGAAAUUUUCAUGGAGGAAAUGAGAGAAAUCAGGAGAAAACUUAGGGAGCUGCAGUUGAGGAAUUGUCUGCGCAUCCUUAUGGGAGAGCUCUCUAAUCACCAUGACCAUCAUGAUGAAUUUUGCCUUAUGCCUUGACUCCUGCCAUUUUCUGAGAUUAAUACUGUGAUUCCCACUGAUUGUUUUUUCUUUGCAUUUUCCUUGUAUACCUUUGCUGAUCUGUUUACUGUGAAUUUUAUGUUAUUUCUAUGGGUCAGUGGAUCUUGUGUUACCAGCUUCUUAUUGGAGAUUGUCUUUGCACCCAGUCUAAGUUUUCUACCAGCAGUAGAUUUUCACCCAUUUGCAUGGAAAGAUGUAAAGUUAAUAAAGCAAUUUUAAAAGCAAUCUA